AUGCUGUUCCCUCUAUUUUUGAAACGUUCUGCUUUGCAUUGUGUGAUUGACCUCUUCCACACCCAACACCAGUAUUAUCAGCCGGGGCACUUUCUUAUUGGUGGAAUCACUUCACAGUUCUUCUCACCUGUCUUCACUUCAAUAGACUUCAAGGAAAAGCCAAAGGAAACACCUGCUGAUGAAUAUGUCACAGUGCCAAAGAACUACCAGCAUGUCCUUUCCUUAGCCUUUGCUGUGAAUGAGGUCAACGAGAACCCCAACAUUUUAUCCAACAUCACUUUGGGGUUCCAGAUCUAUGACAGCUACUGUCAUGCAAAGAUGACUUAUCAGAAUACUUUGAACCUCAUCUCUCAUCAUAGGAAAACCAUCCCCAACUACAAGUGUGGUGUUGAGAAGAACCUGAUAGCUGCCAUUGGGGGCCUUGACUCUGAAACUUCAAGCCAUAUGGCCUCCAUCUUGGAGCUUUAUAAGAUUCUACAGAUCACCUAUUCUUCAUUUACUCCAGCGGCGAGUGAAAAAGACCAUAUUUCUUCCUUGUACCAAAUGGCCCCCAGUGAAGCACAUCAAUACACUGGCAUUGUUCAACUUCUUCUCCAUUUCCAGUGGAAGUGGGUUGGGAUAUUUGUCACAGCUGACGAUAAAGGAGAAACGUUUGUGAAAAAGUUGACACAGCAGCUUUCCCAGAAUAGCAUAUGUGUAGCUGUCACUGAGAGAGUGCUUCAACCUUUCCUGAGGAAUAUCUUGUUUAACAACAGUGCUGGUGACACUGUCUUUUUUAAUGAGAAACAUGAGCUAGAAGGUGGAUUUGAUAUUAUCAACUGGGUAACUUUCCCAAAUAAGUCCUUCUUAAGAGUGAAAGUUGGGAAGAUGGAUCCCCAAGCACCACUGGGCAGUGAUUUCUCCAUUGAUGAGAAGAUCAUUACAUGGCACCAGAGUUUUAACCAGGUGCUGCCCAUUGCCUUGUGUAAUGACCACUGCCAUCCAGGUUACAGCAGACAAAGGAAAGAGGGAGAACCAUUUUGCUGCUAUGAUUGUACUCCAUGUCCAGAAGGGAAGAUUUCAAACCAGACAGAUAUGGAUGACUGCUUCCAGUGCCAAGAAGAUCAGUAUCCUAACCAGGAGAGAAACCAGUGCAUCAGCAAGAAAGAAAAUUUCUUAUCUUAUGAUGCACCUUUAGGCAUCAGUUUGGCUCUUUUGGCUCUGGCUUUUUCUGCAACUACAUUAUUGGUGUUUGGAAUCUUCAUCAAACAUCAAAACACUCCCAUUGUCAAAGCCAACAACCGGAAUCUCACCUACACCCUGCUCAUCUCCCUCCUGCUCUGCUUCCUCUGCUCCUUGCUAUUCAUUGGGCGCCCCCAGUUGCUGACCUGCAAUCUACGACAAACUGCCUUUGGUAUCAUUUUCUCAGUGGCUGUUUCUUCUGUUUUGGCUAAAACCCUCACUGUGGUUCUGGCUUUCAUGGCCACCAAACCAGGAUCCAAGAUGAGGAAAUGGGUGGGGACAAGAUUUUCCAUCUCUAUUGUUCUUGGUUCUGCUUCUAUCCAGGCAAGUAUUUGUAUAGUAUGGCUCUGUACUGACCCUCCUUUUCCAGAUCUGGACAUGCACUCUCUGCCUGAAGAAGUCAUAGUGGAAUGCAAUGAAGGCUCAGUCAACAUGUUCUACUCUGUUCUUGGUUACAUGGGGUUGCUGGCUCUUGUCAGCUUCAUUGUGGCUUUCUUUGCUCGGAAGCUGCCGGACACUUUUAAUGAAGCCAAAUUUAUCACUUUCAGCAUGUUGGUGUUUUGCAGUGUGUGGCUUUCUUUUGUUCCAUCCUACUUAAGCACCAAAGGGAAGUACAUAGUGGCCGUGGAGAUCUUCUCCAUCUUGGCCUCCAGUGCUGGAAUCUUGGGUUGCAUCUUCUCCCCAAAAUGUUAUAUCAUUGUCUUCAAUCCUGAACUCAACUCAAAAGAGCAGCUAAAAAAGAGAAAAAAGUAACAAUCUAACUAUUGAAAUCAUUAUAGUGGAUAACGUUUUAAAUGUUUUAAGGUUUGUGUGUUU